ACAACAAUAACAACAGCAACCACACUUCAACUGUAAUACAAACUCUUUCACCACCAUCGCCAUCACCAUCGCAGUAGUCAUGACACGGCAGACAACAGCAACAACAAUACUAACGUGAUGUGCAACAAAACUAACACUUCCUCUAUAUCGGCCGCCGCUGCUGCCUCCACCACCGUCACCACCGCCACCACCACCACCACCAACACCACUACCACCACCUCCACCACCACCACCGUCAACACCACCACCACCACCACUACAAACAACAACAUCAACAUCAGUGAACUACGAAUGGCCGAGUCAGUCGGAUACCGAAGGAUCGGUGGUUCGUUCCCAGUUACAUUUAGUUUAAUGUAUCCAUGGCCGACACACUCACUCCCUCUGGUUAAUUACCCCCAAAUUAACCUCAAGUUCCCCAGUUUGGAUGUGGGAGAUGCCAAAGCCGACACACCAUCUCAGUCACCGUCUUUGUUCAUUACCGAUAUUCAGCAGCUGAUACUUAAUGCCGUCCUUAAAGGAGACGCUUGCAUGAAGCCAAGGUGGUGUGAACUGAAAUACAGCCAAUUGAUCUCUUCCACUUUUGUCAUAGUUUUGAAAUCUGUCAGCAUCAAAGACUUCAAGAAAUAUCACAGCUGUUUCCCAAAUGUGUGCAGAGAUUUUAAUAAGGCUACAGAAGUGAUAAGUUCAGCUCAGUUUGGAAUUAGCACAGAGUGUGAAUUCUUCAAGGUCCAAAUAAACAGCAUUCAACUCUUCAAGUAUGGCACAAAAAAACACCAAAAGAAUCUGUUUCAAAAAGCUAUUCAGAACAAGGUUUCAUCUGUCAGUCCAAACACUAUAGAUGCAUUCCCACGAACGCUACUCCUACUAAACCUUCUACAAAUGGCAAGAGAAAACUACCCCUUGCCAAUCAAAAGCAAAUGGGGCUUUUACGAUGAUUAUAUUUUUUCCAAAGAAAGCUAUGAAAAAGUUACAGAUAAAAGCCCCAUAUUUGGUCUGGACUGUGAAAUGUGUAAAACCUCUGAUGGUGUCUACUCUUUAACGCGUGUCUCCUUAGUUAAUGAGAAACUAGAAACUGUCUAUGACACUCUCGUAAAACCAAAACAUAAAAUCAUUGAUUAUCUCUUUCGAUACAGUGGAAUCAAUGAAGAGAUGAUGAGACCGGUAUGUACUACAUUGAAAGAUGUUCAGAACAAGUUCCGGACUCUUCUUCCUAAAGAUGCCAUCUUGUGUGGUCACUCUCUUAACUUCGACUUGGACAGCUUAAAGAUGUUUCACCCUUACGUCAUUGACACCAGCACAAUUUACAAUCUCUCUGGAUUCAAAUAUCAAAAGAGCAAAUUGAAGAAGCUGACCGAAUAUUUCCUUGGUAAACAGAUUCAGACUGGAGACAGUGGCCACAAUUCAGUGGAAGAUGCAGCUGCCAGCCUGCAAUUGGUGCAGUUAAAACUGAAAAACAGUAUUGAGUUUGGUGAUGUGAUUCUUGACACAAAUUUGACAAUACACAAAACAGAAGCAUGUAAUAACUCCACUCCAGUUUACAAAGAAUCUUCCAGUCCAAACACGAAACAAACAAACGAGGAAGGUGUGGCCGUUGAUGACAAUCGGAAAUUCUUUGUUAACAUGAGUGACUCAGCGACACAUCGCAGUUUCUUUGAUCUACUCAAUGAACAUCAGAAGAAAUCUCUGGUGAUUGAUGCGAGAUCUGUGAUUGACAUGUAUUCAGGAGAACCUGGUCAAAGGAUAAGCCAUGGUUCUGAUGAAGAAAUUGUCAGCACUGCCCAAAAGAAACUCUAUGACAACGACUUCAUGUGGCUCCAGUUGAAUUCCUUCCACAAUCUUCUCCAAACCAACACAGACAGCAAAGAGGCAGACAUUCAGAAAUGCCUGCAGACGUUAGAUUCCCAUGUUGGUACACUGAUGAAAACUAUCUUCUCAAAAGCUCUGGUGACGCUAAUAUUAACGGGUCGUGAUAACGAGGACGAAGACUAUCAGAAUGGUAUGACUUUAGUGAAGAUUUCUUAAAGGUUUCUACAGAAAAGAACUGAGAAGGUGUGAUCGACUGAUCAACUCUUUCAGGUGAUCUCCCUCACACUGCUGCUACUGCUGCUGCUGCUGCUGCUCUCUAUAUAUUUAUAUAAAAAAAACAUCUACGAGGAACAACCAUA